CUCUUGGUUUUCUCCCGGAAGUUAAACAGCGUGCGUGUGUUUUUGUCUGAUGUCAGUGUUUCUCCCCUUUGUGUGUUAUGUUUUAAGUAUUUGAAGGGUGUUUACUUGUAUAUCGGAGCAGAUGUCCGCGCAGGGUGACUGUGAGUUUCUGGUAAAGCGCGCGCGGGAGCUCGUGCCGCAGGAUCCGUAUGCGGCGAAAGCAUGGCUCAUCACAGCGCGCACACUUUACCCUACAGACUUCAACAUACAGUAUGAGAUGUACAGCAUCGAGCGUAAUGCAGAGCGCACAGCCUCAGCCGGCAGACUACUUUACGACAUAUUUGUGAAUUUUCCGGACCAGCCAGUGGUUUGGCGUGAAAUUGCGGUGAUCACAGCUGCGUUACGAAGCGACAGUCUGGACAAACACGGCCAGUUUCUCAAAGGUGUUUUUGAGACGCUCCCUGGUCCUGUACAGUGUAAGAUGCUCUUAAAGGCCACAGAGCAAUGUUUCAACACACUGGAGAAAGCUGAGAUGUUACUGCUGUUAUUGAAGAGAUUUCCAGACUCUGUAGUUCAGCAUGGAGUCAGUCUGGGAGAGUCAUUAUUAGAGGCGGAGACUGUUGAGAACCUGGACACGCCCGUCAACUGUUUUAGAAAGUUGUUUGUGUGUGACGUUCUGCCAUUGGUUCUGAAUAACCCAGAGAUGUGCCUUCCUGUCAGUCUGUUGUAUAAAUACCUACAUAAAGCAGCCGAGUUUUAUAUAUGUUACGUCACACGGGAACCUUCAGCAGAUGGACAGAUUCAGGCUUCACAGGAAGUGGGCGGGCUUAAAUCUCCUGUGCGGGGGCGAGGUCAGCGCAACGUAAUUGACGGACUGUCAGAGAAGUCUUCGGUGGUGACGGACCCGUGGGAGCGUUUGCUGGAAAUGCUGGGAGUGGUGGGAUCGCUGUGUGAUUGGCAGGGAGAGAAAGGAGUCAGAUCGUACUCUGAGCUCCUGCAGCGCGUCACAGAGUUGUGCCGGUAUAUGUCCGCCACGGAUGUGGAAGGGUUUGCGCGGUGCUGCGGUCAGAUCGUCACCUGCUGCACGCUAGUACUGUUUUACAGCGCCGUGCAUUACGUCUCUGCAGUGCAGCCGUCACUGUUUCAGGGUCACUCGUCUCUGAGCUUGUGUCCGUGGGUUCUUUUGGAGGAUCUGUCAAGCGUUUACACUGAUGUAGAAGUGGAAAGGAAACACGCACACAAGAAACGCAAACUGGCUGACGGACGAGAGAAAACUAUGAGUUCUGAUGAUGAAGAUGUGUUGGGUAAAGGCAGAGGUCGACACAUAGUGGUGAAUAAAUCAGAGAUGCCGGGUUGGGCCGAGACUCUGGAACAUUUCCGUACGGCGAGAGAUUGCUGGGAAUUACUGCACUCACAUCAGAGCCUGGAGACAGAGUUUAUGAAGAUCUGCACCGCAUGGGGAACAGAGACGUGGCUGUGGUUCAGAAUCUUUCUCACAGAUAUGAUCAUUUAUCAGGGUCAGUAUCGGAAGGCUCUGUCCAGUCUUGCACUGAUGUCAUCUCUGCAGAUCCAGCAAAGCCAGAACUCGCCAUCAGCUCCAGCGAGCCUGGAGACGCACAGAUCUGUGAUCCAGCAAGCGUCUUGUCAUUACGCCCUGGGAGAGUUCAGGAUGGCAUGCGAGAAGCUUCUAGAAGCUGUCAGUGGUUUGAUGCCUCAGAGUCACGAGUCUGUAAGAAGCAGCGACGACCAGCGCAGGUCCCGUACCAAAACCAGAAGAGUUAAUGACUUGCGGCUCGUCCCCUGCACCAGUAAAUCCAUUCUGCCUUUCUGUCUUCAGUUGAUGCUGGCCUGUUUUAAGCUGAGGGCGUUCACAGACAACAGGGAUGAUCUGGCUCUUGGUCAUGUGAUCGUCCUCCUGCAACAUGAUUGGCCGUUGGGUGAGAAUCUUUUUCUGAAAGCCGUGGAUAAGAUCUGUCAACAGGGCAGUUUCCAGUACGAGAACUUUUUCAACUACGUUACCAACAUUGACAUGCUGGAGGAGUUUGCUUACCUACGCACAACAGAAGGAGGGCGUGUCCAGUUGGAGCUGCUGCCCAAUCAGGGCAUGCUCAUCAAGAACCCCAGCCCUGCCCUGGGGGUGGAGUUAAACACCCUGCUGCUUCCAGGGGCUCAGAAGGCUGACAGACAUCACACCGUAACUCGAGGGAUCACUAAAGGGGUCAAGGAGGAUUUUCGGCUUGCAAUGGAGCGUCAGGUGUCACGCUGCGGAGAGAACCUACUCACCGUUUUGCACAGAUUCUGCAUUAAUGAGAAGAUCAUACUUAUUCAGUCUUUACCCUGAGCGACGUGUGACCUCUGACCUGACAUUCACGAAAAUCAAAACUGUUUCACAAGUGCGACUGAAUAAAUUGUCACAUACAUACAGUAAAAAGAAACAUGAAUGCAUCAUACAGUACAUUAUGCCUCAAGUGUGUUUUUAUUUCAGGUAUUAAUUAGCACACAUUUGUUUCUGACAUACAGGUUUUCAUUAUGUACAAAUAUUGUAAAGUUACACUUUUUUAGGCAGUUUUUUUUUUGGAAAAUGUUUUGCUGGCAUCACUUAAAUCAAUAAAACAGCAAUUUUGUA